AUUCACAAUGAACCACGUGAUACAUCAGUUUCACGAAUACAAUCUGUACACAACGCCACGCUGAAAGCCCAGUUGAAUAAAGAUAGGAAAGAGACGAGGAUAAUUAUCGAGAAAUACAAAACCGAUCGAACGAACUAUUUCAUCUUUGAUCUGAAAGAAAAUUUAAGACUCAUGGAAAAAUCAGAAAAUUUCGACGCUGCUACAAAGCAAUUAACUAAAUAUAUAAUUGAUUACUUCGGUAAUAUUGGAAGCAGAAAUGCUUAUCCUGCGGUUGAACCCGGAUUCAUGAAAACUUUAAUACCAGCUGAAGCUCCUGAAACACCUGAUAAAUGGGAAAAUGUGUUUAAUGAUAUCGAAAGAGUAAUUAUGCCAGGGGUCUGUCACUGGCACCAUCCAAAGUUUGGUGCUUAUUUCCCAGCACGAACCUCUUAUGCUGCAAUUCUGGCAGCAAUGUUGUCAGAUGCUUUGGUGAAUGUGGUAAUUUCGUGGAAAUCCGCUCCUGCAGCCACUGAAUUAGAAGUCAUUGUUUUAGACUGGUUGGCAAAAGCUAUAAAACUGCCAGAAAUAUUCUUGUCCACCUCUGAAGGAAGUGGUGGAGGUGUAAUCCAGAAUUCGUCCACUGAGUGUAUGUUAAUGAGUCUAUUCGCUGCCAGAACCACUUCUAUAAACAAAGUGAAAACAGAAAAUAACGAAAUGGAGGAUGGGAUAGCUGUUACAAAAUUAAUUGCUUAUAAAUCAGAAGAGACACACUCAUCAUUUGCAAAGGCUUGCAAGAUAGCUCUAGUAAAGGUUCGAGAUAUAAAAUUGGAUGAUAAACGUUCAAUGAGAGGAAGCAGUUUGAAGAAAGCUAUUGAAGAAGACGGAGCUAAAGGUCUUGUACCAUUUUACAUUUGUUCAACAUUGGGUACAACUUCUGUGUGUGCAUUUGAUAACAUUAAAGAAAUUGGUGCUGUAUGUAAAGAUGAAGGUAUCUGGUUGCACAUAGACGCUGCAUAUGCAGGAAAUGCAUUUAUAUGUCCUGAAUACCGUUAUCUGAUGAACGGUGUGGAAUAUGCAGAUUCCAUUUGUAUGAGUCCCCACAAAUGGUUACAAGUACCUAUAGGUUGUUCGGUAUUAUGGUUACAAAAUAGCAAUAAACUUGUCGAUUCUAUUCCCGAGCCUGGUGAAUAUUUGCAAUGUACAGAGAAUUCAGAAAUGCCAAAUUUUAUGACUUGGCAAAUUCCUUGUGGACGUCCGUUUCGAUCUCUGAAACUUUGGUUUGUUUUACGAAUCUUUGGGAUACACAGACUUCAGGAACUCAUCAGAAAGGAUAUACAAUUGGCCCACAUGUUUAAGGAUUUGAUAGAAAAGGAUGGCAGAUUUGAACUAAUUGGUGAAAAUAUAAUGUCACUUGUGUGCUUUCGCCUGAAGGGUAGCAAUGAACUCAAUGAACUGUUGUACAAAAUGAUAAAUGAGACCAGAGAAAUUCAUAUAUCGAAUUCAGAAGUGAAUGAGAUUCUGUUUCUUCGUUUCGUUGUCAAUACAUAUCACUCGGACAUACAAGACAUGCAGUAUUGCUUUAACGUUAUUGGAAAAUUAGCUGAGGAAGUGUUGAGUUCUUGUGAGAAAACGUCACAGAGUUUAAAUUAACAGAAAAUAUGAAGUCAUCAGUCAAGAUUUAAUAGUGCUGAAAAAUGGCCGAUAUUAUGAUAACCGACUUAAGAUUUUCCAGUAUUAAUUAUAUUUAACAAACAUUUAAUUGUUUUAAAAAUUUACUCUAUAAAUUGUUUUUAAAGUUAAAUCACCUUGUGAGUAAUAAUUAUAUUAAAAUAUUUUGUAAGUAAUAUUCUAAUAAUGGGUUGUCUUUUAAAAUUUAAGCUAUACAAAUAUAAUUUUAUAUUUCCAUCAGCAUUUUAUAUGUUUAGUCACAUAUCCUCUUAAAUCGGUAUGACUUUAUCA